AUAAUAGAGUUAUACUAAAAAGUGACAAUAAUUAUGUUUUAAAGCUUCACCCGAAAGAUUACAACUAUUAUGAUUAUCAUAAAAAUGAAGCAUGUGCUACAUUAAAAAAGGAUAAAAGUCAUAAAAUUCGGAUUACAGCACCAAUAAUGAUGCAGCACGAACACCGAAGAAGAAGUGUGAAUCAAAAUUAACAAACAUGACAAUGUUCAACAAUUAAGUAUUAUGAUCAUGUAGUAAUCGACAACACGACACACGAGUGUUAACAAGCCAGAGAGACAACAAAAGUGUCUCAAGAAAAAAAAAUAAACAAGCACCAAUAAUAAAAGCAACAACAACAAAGAGAUAAGUAAAUACAUACAACAUUAAAUUGUAAUAAAAUAAAAAAAAAAGUGAAACAGAACGAGUGCAUCGACGUUAAUGAUAUUUAAAUGUUGAACGUCCUGUCCCGUGGUCAAGCUUAAAGGCUUUUAACGAUAAUACGCGAGCAAAAAAUAAAAUAAAAGGAGUUAAAGUAAACGAACGAGAGAAGAAAAAUGCAACAAAUAAAAAUAUUUACUCGGUUAUUCCUUCAACUGAUAGUUAUUCUGCAAUGGAUAUCAUUUUAUCAGAUCACAUUUGCCCAAGAGUCUUCCACAGCUGCAUUUCAACUCACAUCGUCGGAGCCACCUGACAUUGCGGUUGCGUUCAACGACACCGCAAACGUCGAUCGAAUCGGUCGAGCUUACCGUCCAAGACCGAAGCAGCACAUUAUCAACAAAUCUCGCCGAUGGAGUCAUCGCAAGAGACACGGACCUGUCUACACGCCGUGGACCGAAUGGUCAAAGUGUGAUAUUCACUGUAAGCAGGAACGGGAGAGAUUCUGCUUGGAUCGCAGGAAAUGCGGCCAAACGCGACAUAUUGAGGAGCGAUUGUGUUCGAGGGCGUUCUGUGAGCCACUCAAACUAGAAACUCUUCCAACUCCCGGACGUCCGAUCUACAACCGACAUCUCGUUCCGAAUUCGUUAUCUGACGGAUAUGCCGCUGGCGCCUCGCAAUAUCCCACGUUCCAAAAUGGUCCCGAUCUGCGUCCACGACCGCAAUUCACACCGCAACCGCUACAUCCACUACAUUCCCGACACCGACCGUUCCCCGGAUCACCUCCGAACUUUGACAAACAGCGUCUCGAACACGAUUUCCGUCCGCAUUAUCGUCCCAUCGACACGCGAUUGCCUCCCAGCUACGCAACUGACUACGCCGACGAAGAUGCCGACGACGAACGCGAUUAUUUCGUCAUCAAGCCGAAACAGAAGCCAAAACGGAAACGCAGAAGGAAAAAGAAGCCGCAAGUAAUUGAAGUCGACUUGAAUGACUCUCCGUACGACGAUCUGGAUGACGACGAUUACGACGCGUAUAACGACGCCACCGAAAAACUCGUUCUCAAGGUGGUGAAACAAACAGAUGCGAUUCGCGAAAAGCCAAAACGGCACAAGUAUUACUUCAAAGACCCGUAUGACCCCUAUUUCACGCGACGUGGCUUCGGAGACCAACUUCCGUCAGCAGCUGCUUUAUCGAGCUCGUUAGCGCUUCCAUCUUCGUGGAAUCCCGCGAAUUCAACAGUAGCGGAACAAACUCUCACCUACGGAAACAUUUACAACAACUUUUCGAAUCCGAUAAAUGUUCAUGCGCAACGCCGGAUGGGUCACGAAACGAGAUCCCUGAAAAAUCGAAGAAAUACUCGAUCAGGCGACACUUUCAAUUCCGACGACUUUGACUACAACUACGACGAUUCACAAGAAGAAUACCCAAAUCGCCGCAUGGACGAAGCUUUUCCCGACAUUCGCAAGGACAAAAAAGCGGUUUUUUCGAUUCCACGACGACCUCCAAUGAGUAACUACACAAAAUGGAGUCGCUGGUCGAAAUGUUCCGCCAAAUGCACGACGCGACGUUUCAAAAAGUGCAAAAUUCAGCAAUAUUGUGGCAAUGAUGUCAUCCGUGAAAUUGCUUAUUGUUACACCGAAGGUAGUUUCUGUCAGGAGUGGAUCGGAAAUCAGUUGCAAUCGAUGAAUCAAGCGUUGGAAUCAACGACGCCAAGCACGACGACAGUCAGUUACACCGUUCCAAGCAGAAAUUCGAAUAGUCGCAAUAAUAACGGAGGAAGAGGAAAAUCACGAAAGCAGGAAAAUAAUGCAAUCGCCUCGAAUCGCAUGUCGUCCAAUAGACGGAGUAGUUGGAGUCAGUCUUCGGAUGUUUUUAGCAGUGACUUUGACUGCGGCAUUCCAGUGGUGCGAGACAAACGGAAGAAUAAUGUUUAUAAUAUGUUGCGAAUUAUUGGCGGAAAGGCAGCUAGACGUGGACAAUGGCCGUGGCAAGUUGCAAUAUUGAAUAGAUUCAAAGAAGCUUUUUGUGGUGGAACGCUUAUUUCGCCUCAUUGGAUCGUCACUGCUGCCCAUUGUGUCCGCAAACGUCUCUAUGUCCGCUUAGGUGAACAUAAUCUCCAGCAACACGAUGGAUCAGAAAUUGAACUUAAAAUCGAAUAUGCAAUCAAGUACCCGAAAUACGAUAAAAAGACCGUCGAUAAUGACGUUGCUCUGUUACGACUUCCAAAGGAAAUCCAGAAGACAACGUAUAUUGGUUUUGCGUGUCUCCCAAAACGGAAUCAACAGCUCCCAAUCGGCGACACGUGCACCAUCAUUGGAUGGGGUAAACGCCGUCACUGGGACGACGCUGGCACAAAUAUUUUACACGAAGCAGAAGUUCCUAUUGUACCAAUAAAUGAAUGUCGUAGUGUUUAUUACGACUACACCAUUACCAAAAAUAUGUUUUGUGCGGGACACAAGCGAGGUCGAAUUGACACCUGUGCCGGUGAUUCUGGAGGAGGUUUGCUCUGUCGAGACGCAUCGAAGCCGCAUCAACCAUGGACUGUCUUUGGUAUCACAAGUUUCGGUGAUGGCUGUGGAAAAAAGAAUAAGUUUGGAAUCUACACGAAACUGCCAAAUUAUGUCGAAUGGAUAAUGUCAGUUAUAAGUGAAUGAAGCGAAUUGGAAUUUUAUUAGUUUGUAAAAGAAAAAAGUUUUAAGGAGAUUUCGUAAAUUAUUAUUUAUAGUUUUUAAACAACGCACGUUAAUAUUAGGAAUAAAUGAAGCAUUUUAUUUAUGAAA